AUGAAAAAAGAAGAAGAAGAAGAAGACAAGAGAGGUGGUUGGCAAGGCACGGUUCGAAGAGACUCUUCAGCUUGUCCACGAAAGGAAGAUUUGUGCGACUCCUCGCCUCUUCGCACUACCACUGCCACAACUACCACCCCUUUCGCUACACGAUCACGAAUGUGCCUAUCUUAUGCCGCCGCACUUUUAAGGCCACUGUCUCCUCUAGGUAGCGAGAUCUGCAACACAGAAGCUCAGUUUUUAUUUGUACGUCGAAACCGCGAUACAGAGGAAUGUAGAGUUAGCUUUGACGAUCGAUAG